GUAGAAGCUACUCCCCAAGAUGAACCAAGAGCUGUUAAACGAUCAAAGUUGACAAAUUCAAACACAAGCACUUCAACUACUACGUCAAAGAAGCCUAUACCCACAUCCACGACAUCACUGCUACUACUGAAGAGCCAAGAUGAAAUGGCGGAUGUCCCAAAGCCAACCGUGGCGAAAUCGUCAUCGUCUAUCAAGCCAGUGCCUGAAAGUGUCAGCACUACAACAGUACCUUUCAAAUGCAUACUUUGUAAUUACAAAAGUCCAAUCAAGACUCCAUGUGGCCGUUUAUUUUGUCAAGCUUGUUUUUUAAAUCGGUAUAAGGUACAAAAGAAAUCAGGUUGUGCUAUAUGUAAUAAAGAUGUCGAAGGGAUGAUGAUUCCGGUAACGAAAAGGAAGUUUGAAGAAUUGACUGGGUGA